AUGGGCAAACGCCCAAGAUGGUCUGGUGGACCUCCUGAAAGCCACCGCCGUGGAGGCAGAUUAUCUGAAUUUGUUCAUUACGAUGUCGGUACACUAGUAGCUUGA